AUGUAUUCAAACAACUCAAAGUCAGCACGCGACGCACUCUGCAUCCUCCUUGAUGAGAAAGAGGGCAAAGAGAUUGCUUUCGUGCAGUUUCCGCAGUGCUUUGAGAACAUUACGAGGAAUGAUUUGUAUGGAAGCAUGAUGCGACCAGGAAAGAAUGUGGAGUUACACGGAAUGGAUGGAAAUGGAGGACCGAUAUACGUUGGGACUGGUUGCUUUCACAGAAGAGAUGUCAUCUGUGGGAGAAAGUAUGGAGAGGAAGAAGAAGAGUUUGAGGAAAUUGAAGAAAUUACAGAGCCUGAGAUGAUCAAGGCUCUCGCAAGCUCUACUUAUGAUGAAAACUCUCAAUGGGGAAAGGAGAUGGGUCUGAAAUAUGGUUGCGCGGUAGAGGAUGUAAUAACCGGUUUAGCAAUUCAGUGCCGAGGAUGGAAAUCAGCAUACUUGAACCCCAAGAGUAAAGCUUUUGUAGGGGUAGCACCGACCAACUUACACCAGAUGCUUGUGCAGUGGAGGAGAUGGUCGGAAGGAGAAUUUCAGAUUCUGCUUUCCGAGUAUAGUCCGGUUUGGUAUGGACAAGGAAAGAUCAGAUUAGGACUGAUACUUGGUUACUGUUGCUUCCUGUUUUGGGCUCCAAGUUCAGUACCUGUGCUUGUUUACUCUGUUUUGGCUUCUCUCUGUCUCUUCAAAGGCAUUCCUCUGUUUCCAAAGGUAUGGAGCUGGUGGUUUAUCCCGUUUGGAUACGUGACUGUCGCAGUUAAUGCAUAUAGCCUCGCCGAGUUCUUGUGGUGCGGAGGGACGUUCCGAGGAUGGUGGAAUGAGCAAAGGAUGUGGCUUUAUAGAAGAACAAGCUCGUUUCUUUUCGGAUUCAUCGACACAAUUCUGAAGAAACUUGGGGUAUCGGAGUCUGCGUUUGUGAUCACAGCGAAAGUAGCAGAAGAAGAAGCAGCAGAGAGAUACGAGAGAGAAGUAAUGGAGUUUGGAGUGGAGUCUCCGAUGUUUGUCCUCCUCGGAACACUCGGGACGCUCAAUCUCUUGUGCUUCGCCGCCGCAGUCAUGAGACUGGUCACUUUUAGAGACGGUGGAGAGUUUCAGAGAAUGAGUUUGCAGUUUGUGAUAGCAGGGCUGCUUGUUGUAAUAAACUGGCCGUUAUACGAAGGUAUGGUCAUAAGGAAAGACAAAGGGAAGAUGCCAAUGAGCGUGACCGUUAAAUCAGUUGUUUUAGCUUUAUCUGCCUGCACCUUUGUCGCGUUUUUAUGA